AUGCAAGCCCUGGCCAAGAUGAACCAGAACCCAAGGAAAACCGUAAAGGACACUUUGAUGAACCUCAAGUCAGACUCUGCUCGUAGGGUCAUUGAUGCACUUGUACAAGAACAAAAUGCAAAGCUCUCGGAGUCUGACUCCACUAGUGAGUGGAUCAUUGCGGGUUUAGACAUGCAGAAAGAGAUUGUCAAGCAGUGGCCUAGCCAAAAGAGUGUCAUCAAGAGCAUCGAGGUCAUCCUCAAAACCGAACCAGCACCAUUCGCGCAAGACUUUGAUGAUGACGACCGUUUCGAGGAUGGCGGUGCCCAUCUGCAACAGGCGCAUCGAAAUGUGCAUCAACAUGGUCCCGCUAUGGUACACAACGAACCUCAGGUUGUCCGUCCACCACCACCCAUGGGUAACCAGCCGAUGCCGAUGCCAAUGCACGGACAUGAACGAGAGCCUACGCCUGCGCGUCAAGAGCUUCCGUUUCCACCGCACCACGGUCAAGGAGGUCAUAUGCAGGGUCAACUUGGUCACCAUCAUGGUCAAGGUGGACAUGUUCACGGUCAAGGAGGUCACCAUCAUGGUCAACAGCCCCAUGGCCUAGCACCAGGCCCGCAGCAUCCAGGAGGCGGACAACAAGCUGCAGUAAUACCACCGCCUCCACCGCACGGCGGGCAGGGCAUACCCAUCAAGCAUACACAAGUCGUAGCACCACCAUUCGACCCUCAACAGCCGAGGGCUAUGCCCGGUGGCUUUCCAGAGCCUGUACCUCAAUUUAUUCCUCCUGAAAUUGUCCUCGAUCCACGUGUACUCAAGCACCAGAAGUCGAAAUCGAAGAGUCUACGCCAAGAAUUCCAGGAAGUAUAUGAGCCUGAGUCCGAGUCUGACAUUAGCGGCUCUGACGGCUCCCAUUUCAGCUCGAGAUCCGUCGAGGACGGAGCUUAUGGAUUCAUUGAACGUUCUCGCAGCCGUGGCAGGAACAAGAGUAAGACACGGUCUCGCGGCCGUAGUGCGAUCAGGAGCCGAAGCAAUGGUCGAGACCGGAUGCCUAAGGUAUACAAAGUGAAGAAGUCGCAUGGUCGAAGUCGAUCUGACAUCGAAGUCGUCCAUGAAGACAAGCAUAGCCCUCCUUCGAAGAAUAGCUCGCCACGGUCAUCUGGCUCUGCUGUUCCGACGCAGCAGAUAUUUAACAUUCAUAUCGACAACGACAACGAUCGCGAACGGGAAAGAAAGAAAGACCGUGGCAGAGAAGUCCAUGCUGCUGAUUACGAUUCGCGACGCAAUAGUAAUCCUAUGGUUCCACCGGCGUUCUCCAACCCAAUGUACACCAAGCGGGACAAAUUUGAUACUCAUCCAAUGUCACGGCACUCAUCUGUUGGCGGAAGCGAUACCGGCUCAUCAGUCAUCGAUGGCAACUCCUCCAUCUAUACUUCUGAUGAUAGUGUCUUCUCUGAACCUCCGCGUCCACGCAUGCAUAGUCGUACUACUUCUGAGGUAGGCGGAGGAUUACACCUUCGCUCUCGCAACAUGCCCAUUACACGCAAUGAAGCUUUUGCACCUGCCUAUCAUGAGGCUCAACGACGACAGAAGCUGCGCUUUGAAGCAGACGACUACCCUCCACACCGCGGUAGAGGCUCUCUUCACGAGGAUUAUGCAGAGCCGCACCACUCUACCUCGUAUGGCCGACCAUCUAUACCUGCUCGUCACCACAGCGUGCAGAUGAAUAAUCCCUUCGACCCAAGAUAUGCAGGCCAGCCUUCAAGAUCAUACACUGGCUACCCCAGUCAGCCGUAUCAACAGCGGUACAUCGCAGAGAGCGGACCCGAUGCGUUUGAUUUUCGCAUGAUGGCCGAUCAAUUGGGCGCGGUGGAACAUAUGAACCACUCCCGACGCAGUGGCUUGCCACACAGGCGGAACAGCUAUAGGGGUAGGAUGGCUCCUGAGGUUGACGAAUGGGCUUACCGACCACGCGUAGAAGCGUAUAGUGGUUAUCGUCAUGUCUAG